AUGCAGCCAGAUCAUCUUCCCGAUAAAGUUGGCGGACCCAAAACGACUGGUAUGGUCGGCCGCACAUUCGAGUAUCAAUAUCCCACGGGUCCGCAAUAUCGCAUCAGUUUCAGCAAAGAACUAGUCUACUUCACGGUUCCCCCUCUUCCGGAUGGAACGGAUAUACUUGCGCUUCCUUACCAACAGCGCGAGAUUCGCACUGACUUAUUCUUGGUGCAUUGGAUAGGACCUGGACGACAGGGACAUGUGGCCUUGCUAUUUGACCUAGAGAAGAAGCAAGUUGAUUGCGCAGCCUUGAUGCCGCCGGGUCUGUACGAGCUCUUUGAUCGUGCAGUGUUGAGAGAGAUCUAUGAGAAUAGUGAAUCCGCUUUGUAUUUACCAUAUGAGUGA